CCUUUGCUCUUCCAUAGCAAUUCUAAUUAUUCUUAUGGGUUCUCUAGGCAGAUUUUUCAAGAUGGAUGCUGAUGGGAGGGUCUCUGGAGCAAGAUAUGAAUGCUUGCUCUUUGACAUGGAUGAUACCUUGUACCCUUUGAGCUCAGGUCUGAACCUGGCUUGCCGGAGGAACAUUCAAGAGUUCAUGUUGCAACAGUUGAACAUUGAAGAAAGUGAGGUGCCGAGGAUGUGCUUGGAUUUAUACCGGGAAUAUGGGACAACAAUGGCCGGCUUAAAGGCACUUGGCUAUGAAUUUGACAAUGAUGAGUUCCAUGCUUAUGUUCAUGGAAGAUUGCCUUAUGACACCUUGAAGCCUGAUCCUGUAUUGAGAAACCUUCUGCUUUCCAUGCCACAGCGGAAAAUAAUCUUCACCAAUGCUGACAAGGCACAUGCGCUUGCGGUUCUCAGCAGGUUGGGGUUGGAGGAUUGUUUCGAGGGCAUAAUUUGCUUUGAAACUCUUAACCCUGCUCUUGAACAGGCUGAUUACAUGGAUGCAAUAGAUGAGAAUGCAAAUCUUGCAGGGGCUGAGGGAGAGCUCGAUAUGACUGGCAGUACUGAUGCCAACAGCGUCAGUUCCAGGUCCCGAAUUCUUUGCAAACCUGCAGUGGAUGCAAUAGAUGAUAACGCAGUUCUUGCAGGGGCUGAAGGAGAGCUCGAUAUGACUGACAGUACUGAUGCCAACAGUGUCAGUUCCAGGUCCCGAAUUCUUUGCAAACCUGCAGUGGAAGCCAUUGAAGCUGCAAUUCGCAUUGCCAAUGUUGAUCCAAAGAAAACACUUUUCUUUGAUGACAGUGCUCGAAACAUAGCAAGCGGAAAGGCAGCAGGGCUUCAUACUGUUAUUGUUGGGAGUUCGGCACUUGUUCCUGGUGCAGAUUAUGCCCUGAGUAGCAUUCACAAUAUUAAAGAAGCAAUACCUGAGAUUUGGGAAGGAGAGCAGCCAGAGCAAGUUAUCCAGUCGACCUCCGUUGAGACAGUAGUCCUUGCAUAGAUUCCACUUCCUGUUAAGCUUAUGUAAAGAUAGCAGAAGCUCUCUAAUCUGCACGAUAUACUGACACAUGAUACAGGAUUGUCCACUAGUCUAUGAUUUAUGUACUUAUCCCCAGGAUUAAAGCGUCAAAAAGCCA